AUGGAAGUUUUUGACUUCUUGCAAUGCUUACAUUUUGCUGUCAACGACAGCAACUAUUAUUCUUCUGUGAUUUUGAAACCAAAACAAGUGUUGUGUCUAGAAGCCGUGUAUCUUGGGAAAGAUCUUUUAGCGAUUUUACUUACUGGAUACGGAAAAUCAAUAAUAUUCCAUCUGCUUCCCUCGUUGUUGUCGGAAAAGAACAGGAGAUCAAGUUCUCUACCACAACAAGUCCUAUCUCCCGUGGUAGUUGUCAUUUCUCCUUUGAAUUCCCUUAUGAACGAUCAACUACGAAGGAUAAAUACUAGACGAGAUAGAGCUGCUGUUUUGAGUUUGCGUAAGCUUACGGAUCAAGCUGGGGAACACACUGUACUCGAUAAAACAAAUAUCGACGAUUCACAUCUAAAAAAUGCCAGUUAUGAAUUUAUAUUUGCCCAUCCAGAAGCGUGUUUGUCGGCAAAACAAGGAGUCGCCCUUUUUCAGAGUGAUAUUUACAAACGUGCUGUGUUGGCAACAGAAUAG